AUGGAGCACGUGCAGUCUGAGGAGAGGCAGCUAGUGGAGCAGCAGCGAGCAUUCACCUCUCAAGGAAGGAAACUGGAAUACCACUUCAACCUGAGGAAGGAGCAACUCCCGAAGGAGAAGGCAGAGCUCAGCACACAAGAGCGGCUUCUGAAGGAACAAAAGCGUCAGGUGCAGUCGGAGCUGACGACCUUGAGCAAGCAAGAGGCCGUACUUGAGCAGAAAGCGAGAGAUUUAGAGACAGAGAAGCUGCUUCUUGCGUACGGUUGUGCCGUGUUUACACCUCCCCGCUAUUGGCAGGGUCUAGCAAGCUCUGCUGGCACAAACAUCAAAGUCGACGUAACGAGCGAGUGGAAGGAUAGAAUACAAGAGCUGUUGACAUCAACAUGUAAACCGCAGUACAUCGGCCAAGGAAGAGACAACUUGGGAUUGAAGCAUAAAGGCUACAAGGUUGAGCGCGUCUUCCGUAUAGAGCACUCGGAGUUGUGGUCGGCAUAUGCCCUACAGCGAAAGGUUAUAGGCUACCUUAUGAUGCUACAGGGCGAACGACAUCCCAAGACAGAGGUACGCACUUAUAGCGAUUGGAUGAAGAGAUCGCUCCUACAGGACAAGACCAGCAACGAGGUGUUUCUGUUUCAUGGCACCAAACACGACAUGGCGGAUGUUAUCUUGAAGGCUGGGCUUGACGAGCGGGUCUGCAGUCUAGGAGGCUUGUUUGGAGCUGGGAUCUACCUAGCUGAGAACUCGAGCAAGAGCGACGAGUACUGCACGCCAGACAGCCGCGGGAUCUGUCGUAUGUUUGUGGUGCGAGCUGUGCUGGGAACGCCUUACGAGGCCCUGCAAGCGAUGAACAACGCGAGGCGACCACCAGUAAUGCCGGGCAGCGACCGCCUGCAUGACUCAGUGAUUGGGGUGACACAGGAUACGCAUCCUUCAGCGUGCUUGGAAAAGUACAGGGAGUUCAUCGUCUACGAUCGCCGACAGACAUACCCUGAGUUGCUGGUGGAGUUCCGUCGAGUGUAA